GCAAAGAGGAGGAUGUGAGCGUCGGUCCCUCUCAUCACCACCACCACCACCACCAUCACCAUCCUCUGAGUGAGGUGUGUCUGCGCCCGCUGGAGCUGCACACAGACAGACAGAGCGCCGUUGCACCGACUGAAAGCGACUCCCAUCUCUUUGUUCACUCGGAUCAUGGCGUCAAAAUGUCCAAAAUGCGACAAGACGGUGUAUUUCGCGGAGAAGGUGUCGUCUUUAGGGAAAGACUGGCACAAGUUCUGUCUGAAAUGUGAGCGCUGCAACAAGACGUUGAAUCCUGGAGGCCACGCUGAGCAUGAUGGGACGCCUUAUUGCCAUAAGCCCUGCUACGCCGCCCUCUUUGGCCCAAAAGGUGUGAACAUCGGUGGAGCUGGUUCCUACGUGUAUGACAAUCCUGUCAACGAAGCCCCCGCUGCCGUUUCCAUGGAAACAGAAAGCAAGCCAGAGGAGAAAAAAGCCCCCGCACGGGGACCAGUGAAGGCUGCAAGCUUCUCAUCUUUCUCUGGAGGACCCAACAUCUGCCCCAGGUGCAACAAGACAGUAUAUUUCGCUGAGAAGGUGUCGUCUCUCGGGAAGAACUGGCACCGGCCCUGUCUGCGCUGCGAGAGGUGCAGUAAGACUCUGGCUCCUGGCAGCCACGCAGAGCAUGAUGGACAGCCGUACUGCCACAAACCGUGCUACGCCGUGCUGUUUGGGCCCAAAGGCGUAAACACCGGAGGCGUCGGCAGCUACAUCUACGACGAACCCGAGGCCGAGGCUCAGCCCUGAGCUCCCCGACGCCGCCUCCAGCACCCACACAGAGUACCACCUUCAGGACCCUCAAUGUCUCUUGCCUUCUAAAGUCACGGUGACAAACGAUAUGUACUGCGCUCACAGGGAUGGAUAUUUAGCUGUUUAUGUUGUAUUUGUAUAUUGUUUAUAUAUCUAUUUUUUUGUACUGAAACAAACCUUUAACAUGUCCUCCCGUGCGAGUUUCAGAUUUGCCUUUUUAAGUUUCUGGGUUCUCUUUGCCAAACGAUUAUCAGCCUAUUCUGUGGUAGAUUAAAGCGCGUGUGGUUUUUCACUCAUUAUUUGUAGUUUUUCAGACUUUUGUGCACUUAAAUGAAGUAAACGUACCCCCAGCCCACCAGUUUAUUGUCAGUGUUUCUUAAACAGGUUCAUCCUGGUUCUAAAAAAAAGGGGUGAGGGGUAGCUGAGGUACCGUACACACAGAGACGUGCAUUUUACUGAAUGUUUUGAAGGUGAGUUUGGGGUCUGUUGUGAACAAAAAGUGUUCAACUGUGCAUCACAUUUUCUACAAUAAAGCUGUGUGAUACCAAA